AUGGCGAAAGUAGGGAAGCUAACGAAGCUGAAAUCCGCAAUCAAGAAGUGGCCGUCUUUCUCCGCCGCCAAGCAGACCUACCACCAUCAUCACGAGCAGCAGCAGCAGGAGGCGGAGGCGGCGGCAGAGUCUGACGAGCCGCAGAAGAUUCUUCACUCUGUCUACGUCGGGAAGUCGCGGCGGCGGUACCUUUUGACGACGGAGGUGAUGUGCCAUCCCAUGUUCCAGGAGCUGAUGCAGAGGUCCGGCGGGUUGGACGCCGACGGCCAGAUCAUCGUCGGGAGCGAGGUGGUCCUGUUCGAGCAUUUGCUUUGGAUGAUCAACGACCAGAUCAAUGGCGGCGGGGACAGAGAUUCGUCGUCACAGGCCGGGUCAAUGGAGGAGUUGGUUGAUUUCUAUUGCUGCUAG